AUGAGUGAUGCGGAGACUUUGCCAUCACCUGAACAGCUUUCACCACAGUGGUACCCCCCUGGUCAUGGAGAUUUUUAUGAAAGUUUCAGCAAUUCAGGGCUUCUUAAUCAAUUCAUUGAAGAGGGCCGCAAGUACUGUUUUAUAUCAAACAUUGACAAUUUAGGUGCUGAAGUUGAUCUGAAAAUUUUAAAUCUGAUGGACAGUGCGCAAAGUGUGCAUGGCGGAGAACUUGAGUUUUUAAUGGAGGUUACUGAGAAAACAAAGGCAGAUGUUAAGGGUGGUGCAUUAGUCAUUUAUGAAGAGAAGCUUCAGCUGCUUGAGACGGCACAAAUACCUAAAGAGCAUUUAGAAGACUUUAAAUCUAACCCAAUUUUUAAAUACUUCAACACAAAUAAUUUAUGGAUAAAGUUAAAUGCUGUGAAACGAAAUGUGGAAGAAAAGUGGCUAGAAAUGGAAGUCAUUGUUAAUAAAAAGAAGAUGUCAAAUGGACUCCCUGUUAUACAGCUUGAGACAGCAGUGGGGGCUGCGAUGAAAUCUUUUGAUGGAAGCAAAGGAGUCAACGUUCCACGCCGUCGGUUUUUGCCAGUUAAAAAAACUUCGGAUCUGUUGCUGGUGAUGAGCAAUCUGUAUAAAUUGAAGAACGGAUCACUUUCAAUGAACCCUCUUCGAGGAAGUGACACGGUACCACUUGUCCACCUUUCUGAAGAGUAUUAUAAGGAGGUGAAGGACUUUCUCGCCAGAUUUCAAAAUAUCCCAGACAUUCUGGAAUUGGAAUUUCUAACAGUAUCUGGAAACGUUUAUUUUUCUAAAGGAGUAUCUUUAAAGGGUACAGUUAUAAUUUUUGGUAAUGGCAGCAACAAAGUCUGCAUUCCACCAAACGCUCUGUUACAAAACAAAAUAGUCAAAGGUGCCUUAAAUAUUUCUGAUUUUUAA